AAACCUUAUAUAAAAUAGAAAUUGUCCUUCGCAACUUAAUUUCCCCAUUUCUCAUUCUUUCUGAAAGUUAAAACUAGUGGUUAAUAGUGUAGAAGAGUUGCUUCCUCCCAUAGUGUAAUAAGUUUUCACCCAGCACCUCUAAUAAGAGUGUAAUAAUUUUUUUAAAUGUAAUGUUCCUUUUAGAGUUAGAUUCGGUGGAGGGAAGAAGAGUACGUGGGAUGGAAUUCACUCCCCAGCUCCACUUCCCCCUUCCUUGCCUCUGUCAUGUGCCUGACAUCACCAGGGCAAGUCAACAACAUUUCCUGUGCAUGCAGCUCAGUAGAAGCCCAGAUAUCAUAAGGAGUAGACACUCGGCAUAGAGAAAGGCAUGUUAAGCCAUGAAGAAAGCAGGAUGGAGUCCCAACCGCAGCAGGCUGUCUCCAGCAAUGACACCCUGGUGCUGGUGGGGCGAAGGGCCAGCCCUAUAAAUUCCCUAGAGCGUGAGCACCUCACUAAGCUCGUACGGAAUGAAAUUAUCUUAGCCAAUGAGAGCACAGAUGGUAAAGUCAUGGCCAUGAAAAAAUUAGCAUGGGAGAGGGUUGCCCUCCAUUUUAAUGCAGCUGGAUAUUGUGAGAAGAGAACAGUAUAUCAGCUGCAAAAAGUAUGGGAGCGCAUUAAAGGAAAGGCUAAACAUAAACAUGCUAAUGUCAAAUGUAAAUCAUGUAAAACUGGUAGUGGUGCAGCUCCUCCUCCCAUCCCUGAAGCAAGUGCCAAUAAGGUGCUCACCAUUCCAGGCACAUAAACUGAUGACCUUGGCUGUGAUUUUGACAGUGAUGCUGUCAAAUCUGUCCAGAGAAAAGAAGCAGUGCAUCCUGUAACCUCAUAUAAGGAGAUCAUACCACAGGAAGAGUAGGUGCUAGCUACAUGUGGGUACUCCAGUAUCUGGAUGCACCACCUCCAAAUCCUUGGAGAUGCCAACAUCUUUACCCAAAAGCCAGCUGACAAACACACCUAUGCUCCGAGAGCCAUCAACAUCCCAACACAAUGUAUCCAAAGGACCAGAGGAUGAUGCCAAAAUAACUUAUGAGUAUUGAGUUUAUUGAACCUUGAUGAAAUCUGUUAUUUAAACUUUAUAUUUCAUGUAUAUAUUACAUUCAUAUAAAUGAGUACCAAUUAACACCCUUUGUGACUGCUGGCAUUUAGCCAUAUAUCUAUAUCAAUCUCUUCUUCAUCUUUCCCUCCUCUGUUUCAAUCUGAAGACACCACUGCCAUCUCAUCUACUAUUUCUAAAGCUGAACUCUGUUCAAACCUUUUGCUAAAAACUGUACUCUUGAUGAUUCUGAAUUUGUUCCUCCCUUUCCUCCACCAUCCUACUAUUUCAUACCUCUUAUCAAGAUUCAUGCUGGCUGUAAUCCAUGGAAAGUGUUUGGACCUGAUGGCAUAUUUCCAAUUGUUCUCUAAAACUGUGCCUCUGUGUUUCCACCUUGCCUGGUCAAACUCUCUCACCAUCUACCUUUCUCUUUUUGCUGGAAAUUUGCCAACAUUCAGCCUGUUCCUAAAACAGGUCACUGAUCUAACCCUUCAAACUAUUAUCUUAUUACUUUAAUUCUCUGCUCUUCUAAAGUUUUCUAAUCUAUGCUGAACAGGAAGAUUUUUAAACAACCAUUGUUUCCAUUCUACCAGUGAUCUGGUUUUUCUAACUCAGCCUGUUUUAGGAAUUUUGGUGAAACUGUUGCUUUAGACAUAUCAAAAGCAUUUGAUAAAGUCUAGCUUAAAGUUUUAAUUUCAAAACUGUCCCCAUACACCUUCUAUCUGUCUCUGUACCUUCAUGUCAAGUUUCCUAUCAGACUAUUCUACUGUUGCAGUCAUUGUUCUUCAGUGUGUUAAUAGUGGUGUUCUUCAAGGCUCUGUUCUGUCACCCACUCUUAUUCUAUUACUAAUCAAUUAUCUUAGCCAAACCUGUUGUCCUAUCCACUCCUAUGCUAAUGAUAUUACUCUACACUAUUCCUCAUUUUUUCUUAGACAUCCAACCCUUCAGGAAUUAGGUAAUUCAUGUAGGGAAGCCACGGAACACCUUGACUUUGGCUGAGUAAAUUUAAUGGUAUUUAGUGCCUCAAAACCCAAUCCUUCUAUUUAUCAUGACAAUACACCCAAAGUUGGAGCAUGCUACAUUCUUAUGGUCUCCACAUAGGAAGAAAAAUAGAAGGAAAUUAGAUAGAAUAUAGAGGACAGCAAUGAAAAUGGUCCCAGAACUGGAGAAGAAGACUUAUGAAGAGAGACUGCAAGAAAUGAGAUUAACAACAUUGGAAGAGAAAGCAGAAUGGGAAGACUUGAUAACAAUGUACAAAUUAAUAAGCCAUAUGGAAAAUAUAGAUGGACAAGUUUUGGAAAUGCUUGUAAAUGAGGGAACAAGAUGUACGAGAGGACAUACAAAAAAGAUUAAGAGUAAAUAUUUCAGUUUCCUGAGUUGAAGCACUGAUCCUUGGAAUAGAUUAAGUGAGGAAGUGGUUACAGCUAUCAGUGUGAGCAAAUUUAAAGAGAAAUUGGAUAAUUGUAGAUAUGGAGACAGGACAAAUGAGCUUUAGCUCAGACCUUGUACAAUACAACAAGGUAAAUACCAGAGCUGGGCACUCUGGUAAAUACCAGAGCAGGUCAUUUCAGCAAUUGCAGGUCAUUUUUGUUUGUGGAUUUGCAUUUGUGGCAAAAUCCCCACAAAUUUACUUUUGCAAAUACACACAUACCCACAAACCACAUGCAAGCUGAAACUUGUUUUGGGUUGCCAAAGCUUGCCAUAUCUGAACUGUCAAGUUGGCAACUAGAAGCUUCUAGAUCAGGCCUAAUGUUGCCAACUUAGUACUUUUGAUGCUAAAUAUAGCGAUUUUCAUAAUAAUCUAACGCCAAAGAUUUACGUUUUUUAUUCCAUAACUAGCCUCCUUUUUUGUUCUAUUUAGUGCCAUACUUCAAAAUAUUCACCUGCAAUUUAGCGCCUUUUUUUUCUUAUGCUGGUGCCUUGCAAAAUUUUUUGUUGGCAACUCUGCAUUGUUGCUGCUGCCCUGCACACGCCUCCUUCAAUCCUUCUCCACACUUCCAGCCAGUCUGCUGUGUCAAUUCUAUUGUUAUAGUGAACAUUUUUGGUGCCUUAAGUAAGUUAAAUUUUUUGCAUUUAUAUUAUCAAUUUAAAUAUUACUGUGACUCAGUGAGUGUCCUGAAUUAAUAAUUUAACUUAUUUAAUGCUUUUUUCCACUGUGCAAGUGGGUAGCCCAGGCAGGGCACAACCUAGGUAACAUAACAUUAAAAUAACAUUAAAAAUAAUAAUGGUAACAUUAAAAUAAAGUUAAUCAACAUAUUUAUUUAUUUAUCUAUAUAAUAAUUGAUGAUCUGUCCUUUUAAGUUGUUUUAACUUUAAGUUGAUUUUAAUGCCAGUGAUUUUACCAAAUUUCCAUCUGGACCAUAGUGCAUCAUCAUGAAUGAGGACAAUUUCCCUGGCUUGUGACUAUGUUAUACCUUCCUUGGCUAUUAUACACCUAUGGGACUCCCUCAGUGAUAAAAGAUAUUUUGAAACCCACCUUUUCUACAAAUCAUAUUGUAACUUGUUCAUAUAACUGAUCCUUUCUUUUAAACUAUGUGUGGAACCAUAGGAUGGAUUGAAUAUUUCCUCUAAUGUGAAUUGAUUAGGAAAAAAUUUAAAUCAUCUGUCUUUUAAUAAUUAAGGAGUUAUGGUAUUGAUUUGAUGUCACAAUUUACAUAAGUUAAGGGCCUAUCAUUUAUAGUGGAUUCUAACUGUAAUAUAAUAGUGUAUAGUUCAUCAAAUGUGACAAAAGCCUUGUCAAGGACCUUUCUUAAUCCAUUUUUUACUGUUCCUAUUAACCUUUCCCGUAUGGCACCAAACCAGUGGUUCAAGCUAGGAUGAAUUUCCAUUCACAAUUAACUGAGGUCAAAUAAUUGUUUAUCUGAGGGUCUAGCAUAAUUUUCUUGAUGUAAUUGGCAGCAGUGAUGAGUGAUGAAGGUUGUUACAUUGUCACUUAAUAUAAGUUGUGGUUGACCCUGUCUGCUUGUGAACCAUCUAAAGGCACUGAGGAAGUUUUGACUUUUUAAAUACAAUACCAGUUCUAAAUAUAUGGGUGUAGUGGUAGUUUUUUUUUUUUUUUUUAUGUAGGAAGAACACUGGCCAAGGGCAACAAAAAUCCAAUAAAAAAUAUGCCCACUGAAAUGCCAGUCCCAUAAAAGGGUCAAAGCAGUGGUCAAAAAUUGAUGAAUAAGUGUCUUGAAACCUCCCUCUUGAAGGAAUUUAAGUCAUAGGAAGGUGGAAAUACAGAAGCAGGCAGGGAGUUCCAGAGUUUACCAGAGAAAGGGAUGAAUGAUUGAGAAUACUGGUUAACUCUUGCGUUAGAGAGGUGGACAGAAUAGGGGUGAGAAAAAAAAGAAAGUCUUGUGCAGCGAGGCCGCAGGAAGAGGGGAGGCAUGCAGUUAACAAGAUCAGAAGAGCAGUUAGCAUGAAAAUAGCAGUAGAAGACAGCUAGAUAUGCAACAUUGCGGUGAUAAGAGAGAGGCUGAAAACAGUCAGUUAGAGGCGAGGAGUUGAUGAGACGAAAAGCUUUUGAUUCCACCCUGUCUAGAAGAGCAGUAUGAGUGGAACCCCCCCAGACAUGUGAAGUAUACUCCAUACAUGAACGGAUAAGGCCCUUGAACAGAGUUAGCAGCUGGGGAAUGAGAAAAACUGGCGGAGACGUCUCAGAACUUCAUAACGCCUAACUUCAUAGAACCUGUUUUAGCUAGAGAUGAGAUAUGAGGUUUCCAGUUUAGAUUAUAAGUAAAGGACAGACCGAGGAUGUUCAGUGUAGAAGAGGGGAACAGUUGGGUGUCAAUGAAGAAGAGGGGAUAGUUGUCUGGAAGGUUGUGUCGAGUUGAUAGAUGGAGGAAUUGAGUUUUUGAGGCAUUGAACAAUACCAAGUUUGCUCUGCCCCAAUCAGAAAUUUUAGAAAGAUCAGAAGUCAGGCAUUCUGUGGCUUCCCUGUGUAAAAUGUUCACCUCCUGAAGGGUUGGACGUCUAUUAAAAGACGUGGCAAAGUGCAGGGUGGUAUCAUCAUUAUAGGAGUGGAUAGGACAAGAAGUUUGGUUUAGAAGAUCAUUAAUGAAUAAUAAGAAGAGAGUGGGUGACAGGACAGAACCCUGAGGAACACCACUGUUAAUAGGAGAAUUAGGAGAAGAACAGUGACUGUCUACCACAGCAGUAAUAGAAUGGUCAGAAAGGAAACUUGAGAUGAAGUUAUAGAGGGAAGGAUAGAAACCGUAGGAGGGUGGUUUGGAAAUCAACGCUUUGUGCCAGACUCUAUCAAAAGCUUUUGCUAUGUCCAAGACAACAGCAAAAGUUUCACCAAAAUCUCUAAAAGAGGAUGACCAAGACUCAGUAAGGAAAGCCAGAAGAUCACCAUACUGGUGAUCAGAUAGAAGGUUGUGAAGUGAUAGAUGUUUAAGAAUCUUCCUGUUGAGGAUAGAUUAAAAAACUUUAGAUAGGCAGGAAAUUAAAGCAAUAGGAUGGUAGUUUGAGGGAUUAGAACAGUCACCCUUUUUAGGAACAGGUUGAAUGUAAGCAAACUUCCAGCAAGAAGGAAAGGUAGAUGUUGACAGACAGAGCUGAAAGGGUUUGACUAGGCAAGGUGCAAGCAUGGAGGCACAGUUUCAGAGAACAAUAGGAGGGACCCCAUCAGGUUCAUAUGCCUUCUGAGGGUUUAGGACAGCAAGGGCAUGGAAAACAUCAUUGCAAAGAAUUUUAACAGGUGGCAUGAAGUAGUCAGAGGGUGAAGGAGAGUGAGGAACAAGCCCAGAAUUGUCCAAGGUAGCGUUUUCAGCAAAGGUUUGAGCGAAGAGUUCAGUUUUAGAAAUAGAUGUGAUAGCAGUGGUGCCAUCUGGUUGAAAUAGAGGAGUGAAAGAAGAAGCAAAGUUAUUGGAGAUUUUUUUGGCUAGAUGCCAGAAGUCACGAGGGGAGUUAGAUCUUGAAAGGUUUUGACACUUUUUGUUAAUGAAGGAGUUUUUGGCUAGUUGGAGAACAGGCUUGGCAUGGUUCUGGGCAGAAAUAUAAAGUGCAUGAGAUUCUGGUGAUGGAAGGCUUAAGUACCUUUUGUGGGCCACCUCUCUAUCAUGUAUAGCAUGAGAACAAGCUGUGUUAAUCCAAGGUUUAGAAGGUUUAGGACGAGAAAAAGGGUGAGGAGUGUACGCCUCCAUGCCAGACACUAUCACCUCUGUUAUGCGCUCAGCACACAAAGACGGGUCUCUGACACGGAAGCAAUAUUCAUUCCAAGGAAAAUCAGCAAAAUACCUCCUCAGGUCCCCCAACUAGCAGAGGCAAAACUCCAGAGGCACCUUCGCUUAGGGGGAUCCUGAGGAUCCCCCUAUUGCGAUAUGAUUGGAGCAAUAGGACAAGAUAAAGAUAUGAGAUUGUGAUCGGAGGAGCCCAACAAAGAAGAAAGGGUGACAGCAUAAGCAGGAUUAGAGGUCAGGAAAAGGUCGAGAAUGUUGGGUGUAUCUUCAAGACGGUCAGGAAUACGAGUAGGGUGUUGCACCAAUUGUUCUAGGUCAUGGAGGAUAGCAAAGUUGUAGGCUAGUUCACCAGGAUGGUCAGUGAAGGGAGAGGGAAGCUAAAGCUGGUGGUGAACAUUGAAAUCUCCAAGAAUGGAGAUCUCUGCAAAAAGGAAGAGGGUCAGAAUGUGCUGCACUUUGGAAGUUAAGUAGUCAAAGAAUUUCUUAUUGUCAGGGGAGUUAGGUGAGAGGUAUACAGCACAGAUAAAUUUAGUAUGAGAGUGACUCUAUAGUAGUAGCCAGAUGGUGGAAAACUCAGAAGAUUCAAGAGUGUGAGCAAGAGAGCAGGUUAAGUCAUUGCGCACAUAAACGCAGCAUCCAGCUUUGGAUUGAAAAUGAGGAUAGAGAAAGUAGGAGGGAACAGAAAAGGGGCUACUGUCAGUUGCCUCAGACACCUGAGUUCCAGUGAGGAAAAGAAGAUGAGGUUUAGAAGAGGAGGGGUGGUGUUCUACAGAUUGAAAAUUAGAUCUUAGACUGCAAAUGUUGCAGAAGUUAAUGAAGAAAAAGUUGAGGGGGGUGUCAAGACACUUAGGGUCAUCAACAGACAGGCAGUCUGACCUGGGGACAUUUAUGGUCCCCUCCCCAGAUGGGGACUCUGAGGCUGGUGUAGGAGUCGCCAUGAUGAUUUUAAAAUUUUUGAGUGAAGGGUGUGUGUGUUAUUAUGUGCUUGUAGUUUUGUGUGGAGGAAGAGAGUUGUCUUUAGAGGGCAGGCUGUGACUGCCCCCUUGUGUUGUGAGACACAAAGGGAAACGUUCAGUGAGGUCACUGCUGGGUUUAAUGAUAAGUUCACAGCACCCCCUGAACAGUGCUUUAGACCUCACUGGAAGUAAUUAUCAUUUCUGUAGGUGUCUACUGCCUCCUCCUACAGCAUACAAUGUGCAGGUGAACAGCACAUUGUAUGUACUGGCAACCUCACUAGCUUCUCCCUUGACUUUAAGGGAACCAGUAAAGUUCAUUCCUGUUAUAGUGAAGGGUUCACUGAUGUAAUUCUAAAUUGCAGGAGUGGUGGUGCAUCUACAGGAGAAUAUGGCUUGCCUUGAUAUUUCUGGCAUGUUUUACUCCCUUUACAGUCUACCUCUUUUUAGGGAUCAACCACUUUUGCCUCAUAUAGCUCACAGUGAAGUUAAUGGUGUAAUGAUGGUUCAAUUUGUGACAUUUUUGUAUUAGUAGUCUAGUUAUGUGGUGGUGGCCAGAUAGUAGGGUUGGAUGUCUGGUUGACUCAGGUAUGUUAGCCAGUUGUAUUCUACCACCACAUUUUAUGAUGUCAUUUUUUAGGUAUAAUCCUAGCUAGAGCAUUAUGUUUGUAGAUGACAAUUUAUCAGGUAUCUUUAUGAGCAAGGUGUGAUCAGUAAAUUCUUACCUUU